UCACCCACCUGAUGAAGCGUAUUCAGAGGGGACCCGUGCGAGGUAUCUCCAUCAAACUGCAGGAGGAGGAGAGGGAGAGGAGGGACAACUACGUCCCCGAGGUCUCUGCCCUGGACCAGGAGAUCAUUGAAGUGGACCCGGACACCAAGGAAAUGCUGAAGCUCCUGGACUUCGGCAGCCUGUCCAACCUGCAGGUGACGCAGCCCACGGUGGGGAUGAACUUCAAAACGCCCCGAGGUGCCCUCUGAGUCGGGCGCUGUGUGUCACUUUUCCAAUAAACGUGGGGAAACCA